GUGGUCAUUCCAAUGUGGUCGUACCAAUUGGCUUUUUAGCAAUCCCAAAGUCUGAGCGCAAAUAUGACAAGGAUAUAAAUUUUCGAGUUUUCAAGAAGAAGCUAUACCACAAUUCAAUUGCAGCAAUCCUGAAGUCUCUCAAACCUGCCAUGACCUUACCAGUUGUUCGAAAAUGCCCAGAUGGUCAUUUCCGUCAUGCUAUCUAUGAUCUGGCAGCCUUCAUAGCAGACUACCCUGAGCAGGUCCUCCUAGCUGGUAUUGUACAGGGAUGGUGUGGCCGAUGCCUCUCACCAUCUUCCGAUCUCAAAGAUGGUGCUGAUAAUCGGACACGCUCACUGGAUGGGGUUAUGAAGGAAGAAUACAGUGGUAAUGAGAAGAUAUUAUGGGAUAACUUUGGAAUUGACAAUGCAGUCACUCCAUUUACUGCUCACUUUCCACGGGCCGAUAUCCAUGAGAUGCUUUCUCCAGACUUACUGCAUCAGAUCAUCAAGGGCUGCUUCAAGGAUAUGCUUGUAGAGUGGGUGUUUGAGUACCUGAUUCUUAAGCAUGGGGAAGCACAUGCUAAUGAAAUAAUGGAUGAUAUUGAUCGCCGGAUUGCAAUUGUCCCCCCUUUCCCUGGAUUACGGCGAUUUCCUCAUGGGCGGCGGUUUAAGCAGUGGACUGGAGAUGAUUCAAAGGCACUUAUGAAGGUAUUUUUACCUGCAGUAGCAGAGUACCUUCCUGAUGAAAUGAUGAAGUGUCUGUCAUCAUUUCUGGAUUUUUGCUACCUGGUUCGACGAUCUGAUAUUGAUGAAACUUCUUUGAAUGCCAUUAAGACUUCUAUUGAAGCCUUCCACCAAUACCGCAAGAUUUUCCAAACCUCCAGGGUACGGGAACACUUUUCCCUUCCUCGCAUGCAUUCCAUUGUUCAUUAUCCCUUCCUCAUCAUUGAAUUUGGUGCACCCAAUGGCCUCUGCUCUUCUAUCACCGAGUCCCGCCACAUUUCUGCUGUAAA